GGUUAGAUGAUUGUCAACAAUAACUAAAGGCUGUGUGUAUAUAUUAAAUAUAAUAUUACGGGUACAAUACAAUAUUAAACAAUGCUAAAAAUGAACAGUCAACUAAAAAGAUAUCUCUUUUGGUUUGCUCAUGAACAUGUUGAUUUCCGAUUGCCUGAAAUACAAUCUAUUUUUGACAUGUAUGAUAUUAAUCCACAAAUAAUAACAAGACCAAAGGAACAUCCAUAUUGGAUUGUAGAUUUACCUGAUGAGAAUAUAGUACAUCAAAUUGUCAGUAGAGCAAUCUCAAUACGCUUUUGUUUGGAACUAUGGGCUCAAGGCAAACAAAAUGAGGAUUUACAUAAUUCUUUGAAAGCUUAUUCAGUCAAAAAUAUCAUUGGAGAGAAAAGAUCAUUUAAGAUUGCAGUGGAGACUUUCUGUAAACAUUUUUCACAACGGGAGAAAGUAGAUAAAAUAGAAUCUUUCAGUUACCUACCUCUUGAAGGGCCAGUUAAAUUGAAAAAUCCAGAUAUCACUCUGUGCUAUAUAGAAUAUUAUGGCCUUGAUCCCAAUAGUAUUCCUGAACAGCCAUAUGAAUAUUUUUUUGGAAGAUGGAUUGCUGAUGGUCAGCGAGAAUUAAUUAAAAAAUUAUCAUUGAAAACUAGGAAAUUUAUAGGAAAUACCUCAAUGGAUCCACAGUUGUCAUUGAUAAUGGCAAAUCAAGCACAAAUUAGAAAAGGGGACCUAAUUUUUGAUCCAUUUGUAGGGACAGGUUCUUUAUUAAUCGCUGCCUCUCAAUUUGGAGGAUAUACAUUUGGAACUGAUAUUGAUUUUUUAAUGCUCCAUGGUCGUACAAGACCCACACGGAUAUCACAAAAGAUAAGGGAAAAAGACGAAAGUAUUGCAGCAAAUAUGCAUCAAUAUGGAAUGAGUUCUUAUUAUUUGGAUGUAGUAGUAGCCGAUUUUUCAUAUCCACUUUGGCGAACAGAUUUACGAAUAGAUGCUAUCAUAACAGAUCCACCUUAUGGUAUAAGAGAGGCUACAGAACGUAUAGGUACUAUGAAGAUAAAUCCUGUAAUAGAGGAGCAUCAAGCAACCUCUCACAUUCCUUCCAAAAUUGGUUAUGGCCUAAAUCAAAUAUAUAAAGAUUUAUUGUGUUUCUCCGCGAGACACCUAAAACUUGACGGCAGAUUGGUGUGUUGGUAUCCAUUGUUUAGGGACCAAUACACAGAAGAACAGUUACCAGCACAUCCUUGCUUAGAGUUGUUAGCUAAUUCUGAACAAGUACUGAGCAACUACACUAGUAGAAGAUUAUUAACUUACAAAAAAAUUAAAGAGCCAAAAGCAACUGACGAGAGUAUCAUCAUGAAUUUAACCGACUUUCGUGAAAAAUAUUUUGCGUUACGCGAAGAAACAAGGAAGGAAAAGCGAACGAGGAAAGCCACAGAAAGAGCAAGAAGACGAGAAGAGUGGGAACGUAGUAAUAAAGAGAUUACUGAAAGAUGACUGUAGAGAUAUUUUAUAUAAAAACAAACAUUAAAUGCCUUCUUUUAAUUUUAUAU